AUGGCCGGCGAAACUUUUGAGUUCCAGGCUGAGAUCUCCCAGCUCCUCUCCCUGAUCAUCAACACAGUCUACUCGAACAAGGAGAUCUUCCUGAGAGAAUUGGUCUCCAACUGUUCCGAUGCCCUCGACAAGAUCAGAUAUGAGGCCCUCUCUGACUCGAGUAAGCUCGAGACCGGCAAGGACCUGCGCAUCGAUAUCAUCCCCGACAAGGAGAACAAGACCCUCACCAUCCGCGAUACGGGUAUUGGUAUGACCAAGGCCGACCUUGUCAACAAUCUCGGUACGAUUGCCCGAUCUGGCACCAAGCAGUUUAUGGAGGCUCUCACCGCCGGUGCCGACAUCUCUAUGAUUGGUCAAUUCGGUGUUGGUUUCUACUCCGCAUACCUCGUCGCAGAUCGUGUCACUGUCGUUUCCAAGAACAACGAUGACGAGCAAUACAUCUGGGAGUCGUCGGCCGGUGGAACCUUCACCCUCACCCCCGACACUGAAGGCGAGGACAUCGGUCGUGGGACCAAGAUCAUCCUUCACCUGAAGGAGGAGCAGACCGACUACCUGAACGAGUCCAAGAUCAAGGAGGUGAUCAAGAAGCACUCGGAGUUCAUCUCCUACCCCAUCUACCUCCACGUCACCAAGGAGACCGAGACCGAGGUUCCUGAUGAGGAGGAGGAGACCAAGGAGGAGGAGUCCGAUGAGAAGAAGGCCAAGAUUGAGGAGGUCGACGAUGACGAGGAAGAGAAGAAGGAGAAGAAGACCAAGAAGGUCAAGGAGACCAAGGUCGAAGAGGAGGAGCUGAACAAGCAGAAGCCUAUCUGGACCCGCAAUCCCUCCGACAUCACCGCUGAGGAGUAUGGUUCCUUCUACAAGUCCCUCUCCAACGACUGGGAGGACCAUCUUGCUGUCAAGCAUUUCUCCGUUGAGGGUCAACUCGAGUUCCGCGCCAUCCUCUUCGUACCCAAGCGUGCUCCUUUCGAUCUCUUUGAGACCAAGAAGACCAAGAACAACAUCAAGUUGUACGUCCGCCGUGUCUUCAUCACUGAUGAUGCUACCGAUCUCAUUCCCGAGUGGUUGAGCUUUGUCAAGGGUGUAGUCGACUCUGAGGAUCUUCCUCUCAACCUGUCCCGUGAGACCCUCCAGCAAAACAAGAUCAUGAAGGUCAUCAAGAAGAACAUUGUCAAGAAGGUUCUCGAGCUGUUCCAGGAGAUUUCCGAGGACAAGGAGCAAUUCGAUAAGUUCUACACUGCCUUCAGCAAGAACAUCAAGCUCGGUAUCCACGAGGAUGCCCAGAACCGUCCCCAACUUGCCAAGCUCCUCCGAUUCAGCUCCACCACCUCUGGUGACGACCAGACCUCCCUCACCGACUACAUCACUCGCAUGCCCGAGCACCAGAAGAACAUGUACUACAUCACCGGCGAGUCGCUCAAGGCUGUUCAAAAGUCCCCCUUCCUCGACACCCUCAAGGAUAAGAAGUUCGAGGUUCUCUUCUUGGUUGACCCCAUUGACGAGUACGCCAUGACCCAGCUCAAGGAGUUUGAUGGUAAGAAGCUCGUCGAUAUCACCAAGGACUUCGAGCUCGAGGAGACCGAGGAUGAGAAGAAGGUUCGCGAGGCGGAGGAGAAGGAAUUCGAGGGUCUUGCCAAAGCUCUCAAGAACGUCCUCGGUGACAAGGUUGAGAAGGUCGUCGUCUCCCACAAGCUGGUCGGUGCGCCAUGUGCCAUCCGUACCGGCCAAUUCGGUUGGUCCGCCAACAUGGAGCGUAUCAUGAAGGCCCAGGCCCUCCGCGAUACAUCUAUGUCCUCUUACAUGUCGUCUAAGAAGACCUUUGAGAUCUCUCCUCGGUCACCCAUCAUCAAGGAGCUCAAGAAGAAGGUUGAAGCUGACGGCGAGAACGACCGCACUGUCAAGUCGAUCACACAACUCCUCUUCGAAACAUCUCUUCUUGUUUCUGGUUUCACUAUCGAGGAGCCCGCCGGAUUUGCCGAGCGCAUCCACAAGCUUGUCUCUCUCGGCCUGAACGUUGAUGAGGAGCUAGAGGCUGCGGAUGAGGCUGCUAGUGAGGAGGUGUCUACCGAUGCGCCGGCUGAGAGUGCGAUGGAGGAGGUCGACUAA